UUCGUUCCUGAGCCGCACGCCCGCACCCCUCCGCUCCCUCCUCGUUUUGGCCCAUCUCGCUGGCGAACGCUCCAGCCGCUCUCGUCUUCCUCCUCGCGCGAGCGCCGCCACCGCCGGUUGUUCUCCCCUUCGAUUCUCUCGCUCCCGACCGUCUCUCCUCCAUUAACCCCACGAACCGAUCCCGCCCUUUAGCUCCCCGUUUAAUCUCCUUAAUCUUCUCCAAUUCGUUACCGAGGCAAAAAUCAAGGCUGCGAGCUUUACUGGGUCCUCCGCCCUGCCUUGCCCUACUGGGUCCUUCGCCCCUGUUUGUCCCUAAAUCCGUACUUUCGCCAUGUCGAGGCUGCGAGCGCUGUGGCAAGCUUCCGUGAACGCCACCAAGAGAGCUGUUGUAUGGAAUUCAGAAGACCUGUUUCCACCAAGUGAAAGAUACAUCUUCAAAUUCAAUUCAAAAGAUGAAGUGAAAAAGUGGCACUUGUACUCGGACUCCGAGUAUGGAGGUUUAUCAUCUGCAUCAUUGGAGAUAACUGAUAGUGUUUCUGGUGGAGAUACUUCGUCAACUGGUGUCUUUUCUGGUAACUUAUCCUUGGAUAUGUCUGAGGAAUCACCAUGGAGGAUCAGGCGCAGUGGUUUCUGUGGAAUGCGAUCAAAGAAGUUUGAUGGUUUCAUUGACCUUGAUUCAUAUGAUACGAUUGCAAUGAAGCUCAGAGGGGAUGGAAGAUGCUACAUAUCUACUAUAUACACUGAGAACUGGGUAAAUUCCCCUGGACAAGAGGAAGAUAACUCAUGGCAGGCUUUUGUGUAUCUACCCCAGGACAGUUGGCAAAUUUUGAAGAUCCCUCUUGAGAGUUAUUUACCUACAUGGAAAGGAAAUGUAAUCGAAGCAAAGUUGGAAAUGAAUCCUGCUCGCGUCGUGGGAAUGUCUCUCUCUUUGAAUGCAGAAGGUGGUGUUCCUGGUGCUAGGACUGGGCCAGGAGAUUUUAGAUUAGAGGUUGAUUGGAUCAAAGCAAUGAGAACACUGUGAUUUCAACAGUUUGAUCUUUCGGCUUCCACAGGAUUCUGUGGGCUCAGAAUUCCACAUGUGCGUUCUGUUCUAGUUUUUUCCCCAGCUUCUUCACAAAAGAGAAUCUCAAUACUGGAUGCAGAUACUUUGUUAACUCCCGCAUCCAUUGUAGAUUUGUAGAUGCAUGAAAUGUUUCAGUUUGUAUCAGUGCAGUAACCAUGGAAGUUGAAAGUAGGCAGCGGUUCAGCGCCACUGAAUAAAGAUUUUUCUUCACUUUUGAAGGCCACGAAUAACAACUUUUACAUCUCA